GUGUUGGUUGCAUAACGUAUUGUUACACGACAUGCCGCUUUUUAUACAGUAAGUACACUUUUCAUCAAAUAAGACAACAUACGGCUUGAUCAUGUGGAUUUGAAAACAUAAAUGUUAAGCAGACGCAUAUUAUAUGUGAACCUUACGCUGUGUUGUAUGUCUAGUGUGUCAAUACGUUAUGUUAGAUGCGCACAUAUAUACAGCACGUUAGUAGCAUACCCGUUAUUUUUCACGUAUGACGUGUUUGAAGACACUGAAUAAAACUAAAUUAACCGUAGCCUCCCCGGCCCGCUUUUGACUUUUCCUUUGGUCCUCCUUUUUGAGGUGUUUGUCUCUGCAUUAUGUAUGUUUUGUACACACUAUUGACAUGACAUGAAGUUUAAAAACUAGAUUUUUCCAUGUAGGCUGAGCGUUCUUCCAGUUCCCCGACGAUUAUGUGACACCAGACCAUAGCCGGUCUGUCCAAGGAUUUGGAGCCGGGCAGCGAAUUAGAAAGUAAAAGUUGCGUCUCCUGCAGUCAGAAUUGAAUCGCUGCGUAGGGAGGGAGGGGUAUCCUGUACUCUUUCAGUACUUGUAUGGAAAGGACUGAUUGUUAGUUCGUGACAAUUAUCAUUAUAUCCGUUUCUCUGUUUAUUUUUUAAACUGGCUCUUCAAAUAUGAUAAUUGUCUUCACAGAUGUUGUGUUCAGUAUUCCACAGCUGUGCUGGUUACUGCAAUGAAUGGCAACACUAGCCACCAAGGGACUACUUCCACUUCCGCCAGUCAGCCCAGGGGCUGGAAGGAGUUCUGUGAGCUACAUGCCAUCGCCACGGCCCGGGAACUGGCCAAGCAGUACCGUCUCUUCGUCAACGAGUACCCGCAACAAGAUGCCCUGGCGGCUGAAAACUUCUCGCUGCAGUUCAUUGACCUCUUCCAGCAGUAUUUCCGCAAUGAGAUGGGAGAGGGUGGCCUGGCCAUGACGGGGCGCUAUAGAAUCGUGCCUUUCACGGGGGCGCAGGACUACCGAGAAGCAGGCAGGCGCUUCUCCGAUGGCCCGCAGUUGUUGAUGGCGGUGGUGACACCCAAACCGGACCAGCCAGCUGUUCCCCGGGACCAGGAUAAACGGGAGAGUAGGGCCUCCUCCUCUACUGACACUAAUCACCCUUCCCUCCUGCUGACUAAAAGCUCCGAGGAGGUUUCUGACGCUGCUUUUUCCGGGCCUGACCGGGCCCCGAGUUCUGCCUCCGCAGACGCAAACACCACACACUUUUCCAUUACCAGUUUGCGACGGAGCAUGCGGGGAAUCUUCCGAAGGAAAACGACCGAGUCUCUUAUAGCCACUGGGUCGAGCGACGUGAAAGACAGGGGGGCCUCGGGCACAACGGAACAGGUUACAGCCACGACUGCCGUCGGGCAGCGCUGGUUUGACAGAUGGGCCAAUAAGUGGCGUCCACAGACUGUUUCUAGAGGGGAGGAGAGCCGCGAGAGCGUGAAGGAGGCCCAGCUAAAGUACCUCAUGGUGGACGAUGCCAGCUCGGAUACCCAGCCCCGCUGGAAGUGCUGCAGGCUGCUUGUGCGAAAGGCUGGCGGGACGGAAAGUGAGGGGUACCAGCUAGAGAUCUUUGACCCUCCAAAGUGCACCAGACCCCAGCUGAAGGCUCUCUGCUCUGAUAUAACUGAGAUACGGAGGUGUAACCGGCUGGAGAUGCCAGACAACAUGAACACGUUUGUUUUAAAGGUUAAUCACUUCCCAGGCAGUGUUAUAUUUGAGACUGGUAACGACCAGCAGCUGAGUUCCUGGACUACAGAAAUUAAGCAUUGCAUCAACGCAGGCAGGCUGGAAGGAGCCGACGUGGAGCUGCUCACUACAUCUCAGGCAGAUUCGUUUCCUCCUGGUAGCGGGAGAGGCAGCUCGGACUCCAUUAACCAAGGAGCCACUCACUUUUCCCCAGCAGAGCAGAUCUUCAACAAAACAGAUCACUUCCUCUCCUCGUACCCCUGGUUCCACGGGCCCAUCUCGCGCGUGAAGGCAGCCCAGCUGGUGCAGAUGGCAGGUCUCCAGGGCCACGGAGUGUUCUUGGUGCGUCAGAGUGAGACGCGCCGCGGAGACCACGUUGUCACCUUCAACUUCCAGGGCAACGCCAAGCACUUGCGUCUCUCGCUGACAGACAGAGGGCAGUGUCGAGUCCAGCACCUUCGGUUCCCCCGUGUCAUUGACAUGCUCAAUCACUUCCGGCUGUCCCCCAUCCCGCUGGAGAGCGGAGCAGCCUGCGACGUCAGACUGUCCAGCUACGUGGUGGCCAGCGCCUGUUCUCAAGGUCCAAACACUUCCACCACCGCAGUCCUGGCACCCUUCUCUCGCCAUCGCUGGAGCUCGGAGCCUAACCUGGCCCAUAUCAGCGCAGCCAACUGCCCACGAGUGCACACCCUGGACAGCCUCCACCAGCACUCAGAGCCUGAGCAGAUCUUCCACCUAGUGACCCCACGAGAAGACCUUCCUGGGGCACUCCGCCACAGUGACUCCAUUGGGGUGCAGCCCCACCAGCUGCAGCAACAUGGCUCUGACUACCAACUAGACCCACCCUCAGGGGGGCGCAAGCGAGCCAUUGACAAUAAUUACAUGUUCCUUUAACGGGACAUGGAUCUCGAGACACAAGCGGACAUGUGAACUAGGAGGAGGCAGAGCGUGUCUCGCCAACCAUUACAACUCUUCAGGGAGAAGAGCUUCACUGAAUGUAUUUUUUUAAUUUUUUUUUUAAUUUGGGCAUGUGUCGCUACUGGAUUUGGGAGUAAAGUUUGCUUGAAACCUUAUAGGCAGAACCUGGUCCUUCUCAGGUUAAAAUCAUUGUCUCACAUGCAGAUUCCUUCCUCCUGUUAAAGGGCCCUGUUCUUUUCAAAAACUUAUAUUGUUAGUUCCUAAUUUAGAGUGUACAAGCCUGCCUUAAAAAUCACAGCUUUUGGCUUGUGUCUGAACUAAAUGGUAACUGCUAACAAAACUGCCUGUAAGGUGUAGGAUGUUUUGAGACAACAAAUAACAGCAAUCCUACCAAAUCAGUGCUGGAAACACUUGUCAAGACUAACAUUUACAAAGCACCCAGAAUCAGCAGAAAGCACUGUCUCCUUUGAGAUACAACAGUUCUCUGCAAGUAAUAUACAUCUUUUCACUCCCAUACUGUAGCACAGCAGGCCCCAGGCUAAAAAGCAUUAAAUAAUGAUUUUAAUUAAGCUUUAGCGUUUGUAAAAAUGUUUGUCAGGUUUGCUUUUGUUUUCCAGGAGUUUUGCACAGUACAUUACAAACUUCUGCAAAAUAAAGCACAGAAAACAAAAACAACCUUCUACUUAACUUUUGCUUUUUGAAAGUUGAUUUUGUAAUCUUUGUUAGCCCUUACAUAUUGUACAUUAAUGCAGUAACACUAACAUGAUUUGGCAAGUGAUUUCCCAGUGCAAAUAAAGCACCAAAAUUUAAAUAAA